CAGAGGUAAUCGUUUGUCUCAGGAUGAUGUCACUUCCUCGCUCACAUCGCACUAUAAAAGCGCGUGCUGUUGCGGCGAGGUGUCUGUGAAGAGACCAGGGAGGACGAUGCAGCAGCAGAUUUAGCUCUCCAGAAAUACUAAAAGGCGGCUAAGUUCAGAAUGCAUCUGUAACCCACCGACUUUUCUUUUUUUUUUUUGAGCUGAAAGUGAAACCUUCUGAUAAAAGCUUCGCUAUUUUCUUCUAUUCCUGGAGAGCUCAAUGCGCCUUGUAUCCAACAAAAUGAUCGGGAAAGGACUGUUCAUUCUGACAAUACUGUCCAACUGCGUUCUGUCAUUGCCAGUGACUCCAAGUCAGCUGGAGAAUGAGGACGACGUACAGGUGAUGAAAUGCAUUGUGGAGGCGUUGGCUGAUGUUCUAUCGAGGCCCCACCCCAACCCUGUCAGUCAGGAGUGUUUGGUCACACUGAGGACAGAUGACAAACUGGUUUCUAUUCUUCGCCAUCGUAACUUUUUGAAGGAGCUGCAGGAGAUUGCUGUUAAAGGUGGUCAAGACAGAGCUCAGCUGCAGAGAGAAGCUGGAGCUGACUCAACAACACAGAGUCCUCAGCCUGCAAGUGAUGCUUCUGAUCGAUCCAUGUUGGAGGCUCUAGGAGGCCCUGGUGAGAGAUCCAUCCUGUCCCAGAAGAGGAGGACAGGACAUGGAGUCGGAGAGGAAGAAAAGGAUCACAGCCAGGAGGAUGGAGAGUCACAGGAGGACAAUAACAUCACUGAAGAAGAGCAAGUCAAGAGGGAAAAUGAUGAGGGCCCUGGAAGUCACGUCUCUGAGUCUGAGGAUGAGCGGAGUGAGGGAAAGGCUGAGAAGAGAGAGGAAGAAGAGGAGGGGAGUGAUUUAAAUUCACAGGAGAAAUCAGAGGAGGGAAGCAUGGCUGAGGAAAAAAAAGGUGCAAGAUCGAGUGAAAAGACUGACGCACACAGGAACAAGUCAAAAGAGAACAAGUCAGAUGAAGAAGAUAAGGAAGAGGAAGAUAAGAGAUCAAUGUUUCUCUCACAUAGACAAGGGCAAAAACACCAGGUGGAGGAGGAUAAAAAGGAGACAAAGAGAGGGGGUCUGGAGAGUGUAAAGCAUUGGACCAAAAGAGGCAAGGCGAUGUCACUGAGAAAGAAAGCAGUUGAUAAGGAGCUCACAAGUGAGCAAGAAGUGCCACAUCAUUCGAAAGAGGUGUCAGAGGAAGUGGAGGAGAAGAAAAAAAGGAACACACAGAGGAGUCUGGAGGAGAAAGAGCUGCAGAUGAUCGCCAGAAGUGGACCUGUGGAGAGGAGGGGGUUGGAGGAAGAGGGCAGCGCCAGCCGAAAGUCAGAGGAGCCAGAGAUUGAAAGCUUGGCAGCCAUCGAGUCAGAGCUUGAAAAUGUUGCCCAGAAACUCCACGAGCUGCGGCGAGGCUGAGAGAGAGAGAGACGGGAGUAAAAGUUGACACUGCAGCCUCCUCUGCCUCUUCGUCCUCCUCCGCUUUACCAGCUGCCUGGUUUCCUCCGAUAGAGCGUGUGAAUAUGUGACAAGAUUUUAUCUUUUGCUAUUUCUCUGGAAGAUGCCCUCUGGCACCAAACUGCUGCGGCCUCCCUUGUGACAUCCUGUCCUUUACAUAGAUUAGUAAACAGUAGAGGUACAUUGCACCUAGAGACAUGCAUACCAAAAACAAGAAACAUUCAACUUGUGUGCAGUCUGCAGAUAAAAAAGUAGAAGACAUAGCAAGGGUCCUUUAGGAGAAAUAUUUCUGUCAGUGAAGAUUGACAGCUUGUUUUCCUCUUCUCUCUGACAAUCAUCUCUUUCUCUCUGUCUCUCUGUACAAGAUGUGUCUUGCCUGCUUUUCAAAUCAUUCUAACACGACACAUUGAUUUGUGUAAAAGGUUGAGGUAGAUCCAGGUAAACACACACCAAAAAGGUGAGGUUGUACAAUAACAGCAUGUAUACAUGUACAAAGACUUUCUGUUAGGCUUACUUCAGAGAUGCUAGCUUAGUGUAGAUACAGCUGACUUAAAUCAAGCAAAGGCAAUAAUUGAACAUUUUUAGCAAAUUAAAACUGGAUUAUGAUCUUAACCUGUAAUUAAUUUAUGUAAGAAAACCAAUAAAUUGCAUUGCAUUUAUCUGG